GCCCUUCUUAAGUUUCUGAUACCACACACUAGUAAGCUAGUUGGUCAUUUGAUAAAUGACUGAAAUUCACCAGCUACAUGUUGAAGACGAGUUGAAAAACUGCUCAGCAGAUCAGUUUUAUAGUUUUCUAAAGAAUGAUAUGACCACGCUUCCUCAAGUUUGUCCUCAUAUGUUUAAGAGUUUCGAAAUUCUUGCUGGAGAUGGAAAGAGUGCCGGAACCAUAUGGAUCGUGAAAUUUGCUACGGGGACUUCUCAUGAGGAAAUGGUGAAGGAAAAGAUCGUAGCCAUGGACGAUGAAAGUAGGACUAUUAGUUUCAGUAUCAUCGAAGGAGAUCUCUUGCGUAAGUUUCCAAAAGUUGAUUACACAAUGACUGUAACUCCAAUAGUUACACAAGAAGGACGUGAGAAAAGCUGCUUAGUGAAAAUGUGCGCGAAGUAUGAGAAACAAAAUGAAGAUACCCCUCCUCCACAUGAGUAUAUGGAGAUGACAUCUUUUAUGAAUAAAGCCAUUGCUAGCCACCUAGCCAAUAAGACCUAAUUUAUGUGCACAAGUUGGUUGUACUAACGAUGCAUCAAUAUUAUUACCUUAAACGUUGUCUACAAAAUAAAACUUCAAUGGAUUCGUUUAAUGCAUGAGGUCGCUAAUUUUCUUCGC